CCCGCUCAUUCAUAGCGUAAUUUCACACGAUUUCGUUCUGCAAUGGCGAGUUUUCUCCGGCGUCCAUUCACAGUCUAUCCGAUCUUCACAGGUUUCUUCGACGAGGUUUUCUUCUUCGUCGAAAUCAAACCUGGUCAAGUAGACACAGUCUAGAAUUCGCCGGAACAUCGUCGUCGCAGAGUCAUUGUUUAUUCACCUGCAAGAAUUGCAACUCAACAAGGCUCUGGAAAGGUUGGGAAGUGGAAAACAAAUUUCUUGUCUACACAGAAGUGGGAAAAUCCAUUGAUUGGAUGGACAUCCACAGGAGACCCUUUAUCAUACGUUGGUGAGGCAGGGUUAUCGUUUGAUAGUGUAGACGCAACAAAUGCAUUUGCUGAGAAACAUGGUUGGGAGUACAUUUCAAAGAAGUUUCAUACACCAUUAUUAAAAUCAAAAUCAUAUGCAGACAACUUCAAAUGGAAGGGUCCCACUCAACUCUAUUUUUGGUGGCAACUUCAAAAAUCAAAUGCCACCGCUGCCUUCAAGAGAUGCUAG